UGACGGUAACAUCUCUGUUGGAUUUUUUGUGGUUUUGUGAAAUGACGUCUUUGAACAGUGAUGGGAAGUUGAAGUUUAGUGUGGAGAGUAUAUUGGGGAGUAGUGAGUCGAAGUCGAGUGCGCAGGCGUCGCGGCAGGGUGAGCCGCCGUGCGCUGGGUGUGUCGCGGCUUUGUACCGCUGCUGCAGAGACGAACCUCUGCUGCAACUGCCGCUACCGCUGUCUUACGCACAUCUGCAUCCGGCGCUUAGACCUACUACUGGUAGGUAUCACUUAGUAUACCGCCUUCCCCUCCCUUCAUCGUCUCCCCCGCAGUCGUCAGCGCCGCGAUGUGACGUCACAUCCACGGGCAAGAGGAAGCGGUCGUGGUCUCGAGCUGUGUUCAGCAACCUGCAGCGCAAGGGCCUCGAGCGACGGUUCCAAAUUCAGAAAUACAUCACCAAGCCAGAUCGGAGACAACUUGCUGCUACACUGGGACUUACUGAUGCUCAGGUCAAAGUGUGGUUUCAAAACCGGCGCAUGAAGUGGCGACAUACGAAGGAAGGGCGCGGGAUAUCGACAGGGCCGGCGGCAGGGGCGGGGCCCGGCAGAGAUCCGGACUCCUCUACCAAUGACGACAAUGAAGAGGUCGAUGUGGACACUCUUAGUGAUUAGAACAAUAUACGUGUGCAAAGUGCAAAUACUAUCGUAACUCUGGGAUCUCUCUUUCACGUCUUAAAGAGAGGUUGUUGUGCGCAAGACUUUAGUUGUGAAAGAUACUUUCGGGAAUCAUUCGAUACUGAGUGAACAAAAGUGAUGGGUCAUUUACUGCCUUCUUGCGCUAAGUAUAUUAACGACAUCUUUAAUUAUGUAAAGGAAAUUGUUAGUAGGUAACGUACCCUAUAACUUGUAAGUUGUUAAAUUGUUAUAAAAGCUAAUUAUAAGGCUGGCCUAAACAUAGGAUCAUACUAUGUAGAAUAAUUCGGAUAAAUCAAACGACAAUAAAUAAUAUAUACUUACCUAUUUAUUAAAAUGUACUGUAGCAUUAGCGUUAACAACAGCAAUUUUACGAAUUAUAACUGUUUUGUAAUUUAAUGCACUUUUUGUAAGUUACACGUUUUUGCUCCUUGACUCCUCUAUUAUGUUCGUAACGUUCGAAUUCUGCUAUGUUCUACAACGAUGGCCAAUCAGCGCAGCGAGUACCGGGGCACUGUGAUCGGUACACAAACAUAGUACAACUGCCUGGACC